GAGCCUCCGGAGCGGCGCGGGCUCAGGUGAGCGCUCCUCGGCGGUGCUGGCUGGCGGGCGCCUAGAGCUCUGGUGCGGAACCUGCGCGAGCUGUGGGGGCUCAGGAAGGCAAGAUGACUUCCCUGCUCCAAGAUUGGAACAGCUGAAGAAACCACAAGACAAAAUGAGAACUACAAAGGUCUACAAACUUGUCAUCCACAAGAAGGGCUUUGGGGGCAGUGAUGAUGAGUUAGUCGUGAACCCUAAAGUGUUUCCUCACAUCAAGCUUGGAGACAUUGUGGAGAUUGCUCACCCCAAUGAUGAAUACAGUCCUCUGCUUUUGCAAGUCAAGUCUCUUAAGGAAGAUUUACAGAAAGAAACUAUCAGUGUGGACCAGACUGUGACUCAAGUAUUCCGACUAAGACCUUACCAAGAUGUCUAUGUGAAUGUUGUAGACCCCAAAGUGAGCACCUGUGCCUAUAUCACUCAGAAAGUGGAAUUUGCUGGCAUCAGAGCGCAGGCUGGUGAGCUCUGGGUCAAGAAUGAGAAGGUCAUGUGUGGUUACAUCAGUGAAGAGACCAGGGUGGUGUUCCGUUCUACGUCGGCUAUGGUUUACAUAUUUAUUCAGAUGAGCUGUGAAAUGUGGGAUUUUGAUAUUUAUGCUCCCAUCUGCAUCCAAAAGGAGAAGAACUGUAGUCACGAAGUGACUGUGGUCCUGUUUUCUAGAACUUUUUAUGAUGCAAAAUCUAUUGAUGAAUUUCCUGAAAUAAACCGAGCUUCAAUUCAACAGGAUCACAAAGGGAGAUUCUAUGAGGACUUUUACAAAGUGGUGGCUCAGAAUGAGAGGAGGGAAGAGUGGACAUCGCUCCUUGUGACCAUUAAAAAACUCUUCAUCCAGUAUCCAGUGUUGGUGCGACUGGAACAGGCAGGGGGCUUUCCUCAAGGAGACAAUUCUACCUCAGCACAAGGAAACUACCUAGAGGCCAUCAAUUUAUCCUUCAACGUGUUUGACAAGCACUACAUCAACCGCAACUUUGACCGAACUGGACAGAUGUCUGUGGUGAUCACACCCGGGGUGGGUGUCUUUGAAGUGGACCGCCUACUCAUGAUACUGACCAAGCAGCGUAUGAUUGACAAUGGAAUUGGGGUGGACCUAGUAUGUAUGGGAGAGCAGCCUUUACAUGCUGUGCCAUUAUUCAAGCUGCAUAACCGGAGUGUUCCGAGGGACUCUCGGCUGGGCGAUGAUUAUAAUAUCCCUCACUGGAUAAACCACAGUUUCUACACAUCCAAAAGCCAGCUGUUUUGCAACAGUUUCACCCCACGGAUCAAACUGGCAGGAAAGAAGCCCGCUUCUGAGAAAACCAAAAAUGGCCGAGAUACAUCUCUUGGGACUCCAAAGGAAUCUGAGAACACCCUGCCCAUCCAAGUAGAUUAUGAUGCCUACGAUGCUCAAGUAUUCAGGCUGCCCGGUCCAUCCCGGGCUCAGCGCCUUGCCACCUGCAGGUCUGUGAGGGAGCAGGAGAAUCAUAAUCGCAAAAGUGCCAGCUCCUGUGAUGUCUCAUCCAGCCCUUCCCUACCAAGCCGUGCACUGCCCACUGAGGAAGUGAGGAGCCAGGCUUCUGAUGACAGCUCCCUGGGCAAGAGCACCAACAUCCUGAUGAUCCCUAACCCCCACCUGCACCAGUAUGAAGUCAGCAGCUCGUUGGGCUACACCAGCACCCGAGAUGUCCUGGAGAACAUGAUAGAACCCCCACAGCGGGACUCCAGUGCACCAGGAAGGUUCCAUGUGGGCAGUGCAGAGUCUAUGCUACAUGUUCGGCCUGGUGGAUACACACCUCAGAGAGCACUGAUUAACCCCUUUGCCCCCUCAAGAAUGCCCAUGAAGCUCACAUCCAACAGAAGGCGCUGGAUGCACACUUUUCCUGUAGGACCAUCUGGAGAGGCCAUUCAGAUCCAUCAUCAAACGCGGCAGAACAUGGCAGAGCUUCAGGGCAGCAGGCAGAGGGAUCCCACCCACUCCUCUGCAGAGCUGUUGGAGUUGGCGUAUCAUGAAGCUGCUGGAAGGCACAGCACUUCUCGCCACCCUGGUGACAGCAUGUCCUUGAACUUCGGUGCAACAGAAGAGCUUUCUGCCAGCCUGCUUAGCAACAGUGGUGCAGGUCUGAAUCCUAGGACCCAGAAUAAGGAUUCUCCAGAGGAUGGUGUUUCUACUUCUCCAGACCCAAUGCCAGGCUUCUGUUGCACAGUUGGAGUGGACUGGAAGUCUCUUACUACUCCUGCAUGCCUUCCCCUCACCACUGACUACUUCCCGGACCGUCAGGGCCUGCAGAAUGACUACACAGAGGGCUGCUAUGAUCUCCUCCCAGAAGCAGACAUGGACAGGAGAGAUGAGGAGGGUGUUCAAAUGACAGCCCAGCAAGUGUUUGAAGAGUUCAUUUGCCAGCGUCUCAUGCAGGGCUACCAAAUCAUAGUACAGCCAAAGGCUCAGAAACCUAGCACCACGGUCCCACCCCCGCUGAGCAGUAGCCCACUCUAUAGCAGAGGCCUUGUGUCCAGAAACCGCCCUGAGGAGGAAGGCCAGUAUUGGCUGAGUAUGGGCAGAACUUUCCAUAAGGUGACACUCAAGGACAAGAUGAUCACAGUAACCCGAUACCUGCCCAAGUACCCUUACGAGUCUGCCCAGAUUCAUUACACCUACAGCCUCUGCCCCUCCCACUCCGACUCAGAGUUUGUCUCCUGCUGGGUGGAAUUCUGCCACGAACGGCUGGAGGAGUACAAGUGGAAUUACUUAGAUCAGUAUAUUUGUUCUGCUGGCUCUGAAGAUUUCAGUUUAAUUGAGUCUCUGAAGUUCUGGAGAACCCGAUUCCUACUUCUCCCAGCCUGUGUCACUGCCACUAAGCGCAUCACAGAAGGGGAGGUGCACUGUGACAUCUAUGGGGACAGACCCCGUGCAGAUGAAGAUGAGUGGCAGCUCUUAGAUGGCUUCAUCCGCUUUGUGGAAGGCUUAAACCGCAUCCGCAGGCGCCAUCGCUCAGACCGCAUGAUUCGGAAAGGGACUGCCAUGAAAGGCUUGCAGAUGACUGGGCCCAUCUCCGCACACUCCCUCGAGUCAACUGGCCCCCCUGUUGGGAAGAAAGGAACCUCAGCUCUGUCUGCCCUGUUGGAGAUGGAAGCUAGUCAGAAGUGCCUAGGAGAGCAGCAGGCAACUGCGCAUGGAAAAAGUUCCACUCAGGCAGCUGAGAGCAGCAGUGUUGCUAUGACUCCCACCUAUGUGGACAGCCCACGAAAGGACGGGGCCUUCUUUAUGGAGUUUGUUCGCAGCCCACGCACGGCAUCAUCUGCCUUCUACCCUCAGGCAUCUGUGGACCAAACAGCUGCUCUGAUAUCAGACGGUGCCAGUUCAGGCGUCAGCACAUGCCAGUCCCUGGAUAGAGGUAGCAACCAGACCCUUGGGAACUCCCAGAACAUAGGAGAACAGGCCUUUCCCUCUGCAAACUCUGACUGCAGCUCUCAACAGCACGCAGCAAGCUCUCUGACAUCAUCCUCUACCCUGGUGGAGAUUCUGGAAGCCAUGAAGCAUCCCUCGACAGGAGUCCAGCUGCUCUCUGAGCAGAAAGGCCUUGCACCCUGCUGCUUCAUCAGUGCUGAGGUGGUGCACUGGCUGAUGAACAAUGUGGAGGGGGUCCAGACGCAGGCGAUGGCCAUCGACAUCAUGCAGAAAAUGCUGGAAGAGCAGCUCAUAACACAUGCAUCUGGUGAAGCUUGGCGGACCUUCAUCUAUGGCUUCUAUUUCUACAAGAUAGUAAUGGACAAAGAGCCCGAUCGAGUGGCUAUGCAGCAGCCCACUGCUCCCUGGCACACAACAGGAGUGGACGACUUUGCCAGCUUCCAGCGCAAGUGGUUUGAGGUGGCCUUUGUGGCCGAAGAGCUUGUGCACUCUGAGAUUCCUGCCUUCCUCCUGCCCUGGCUACCCAGUCGGCCAGCCUCUUACGCAAGCAGGCACAGCUCCUUCAGCCGAAGUUUUGGAGGACGGAGCCAGGCAGCUGCACUGCUGGCUGCCACUGUCCCAGAGCAGAGGACUGUGACCCUGGAUGUCGAUGUGAACAACCGAACCGACCGGCUGGAGUGGUGCAGCUGUUACUACCACGGAAACUUCUCUCUCAAUGCAGCCUUUGAGAUCAAGCUACACUGGAUGGCGGUGACUGCCACAGUACUCUUUGAGAUGGUCCAAGGUUGGCAUCGAAAAGCUACCUCCUGCGGCUUCUUGUUAGUCCCAGUUUUGGAGGGUCCUUUUGCACUGCCCAGUUACCUCUAUGGCGAUCCUCUGCGGGCCCAGCUCUUCAUCCCACUCAACCUCAGCUGCUUGCUCAAGGACGGCAGCGAGCACCUGUUUGACAGCUUUGAACCGGAAACGUAUUGGGAUCGAAUGCACCUUUUCCAGGAAGCCAUUGCUCACAGGUUUGGAUUUGUACAAGAUAAAUAUUCCGCCUCUGCUUUUAACUUCCCUGCUGAGAAUAAGCCUCAGUAUAUCCAUGUUACAGGAACAGUGUUUCUUCAGCUGCCUUACUCCAAGCGCAAGUUUUCCGGGCAGCAGCGCCGGCGACGGAACUCCACCAGCUCCACCAACCAAAACAUGUUCUGUGAGGAGCGGGUUGGCUACAACUGGGCCUAUAACACCAUGCUGACCAAGACAUGGCGCUCUAGUGCCACGGGGGAUGAGAAGUUUGCCGAUCGGCUGCUGAAGGACUUUACAGACUUCUGCAUCAACCGUGACAACCGUCUGGUUAUGUUCUGGACAAACUGCCUGGAGAAGAUGCAUGCCAGUGCCCCGUGAAACCAAGCUGCUUGACUUAGGAGGUUGUGGGCAUUCUAGGACUGGCCUUCCAGUUAGGCCCCGGGCAUCAGGCUGCUACUGUCAGUGAGCGUGGCCGCUGCUGCUUUCUGGCCUUUGCACAAGUGUGAGUGAGGAGAAAACUGGAAGCAGCUGCUGCCACUACCACCACCCAGAUCUCGCCAUCAUGUGCCCAUGGCAGGGGAGGCACAGAUUGUCCGUGGGGGGGAGUCAGUGUCUGGGAAUGGGGUAGGCAGCUUCCAUUAGGGUCCUUUUCCUUUACCAGCAGUGGGAUAUUCAGAACGGAACCUCCCGAUUCCUGCCUGGGAGCGUGCAUGUAUAACAUAAUCUGUGACAUAGUGUACCAUUGGCUCAUACCAGGUGUACAUAUGUGUACAUAGAAGAAGCAAAUAAAGUCGCCCACA